AUGGCCAACAAAGAACUCCAGGUUAUCUUUAACGAAAAGGGUGUCCACCCCAUCGGCCCAUACUCCCAGGCUAUUAAGGCUGGUGGAUUCGUCUUCCUAGCCGGUCAAGUUCCUUGCGACUCGCAGGCUAAGGUUGUGCCUGGUACGAUGCAUGACAAGGCGCGCCGCAUGUGUGAAAAUGCGAAGCUCAUGAUCGAGUCGGCCGGCUCCAGCAUGGACAAGGUCGUCAAAGUUAACAUUUAUUUCGAGGACAUCGACAGGGAUUUCGCCGCAGUCAACGAGGUUUUUGGCGAAUAUUUUGUGUCGAAGCCCGCCCGUACCUCUGUCCAGGUUGCCAAGCUUCCUGUGGGAUGUCCCCUGGAGAUAGAUGUGACUGCUGUUGCCUAA